AAAUUCAAAGGUGCACAAUGUUCGGAAUGACGUAGAUUUGUGCCACGUGCCGGUGUCUGCUUGCAAGCCUGAACCAAAAUAACUUCCCCUCCGCCUCCCUUCAGUUCAAGCCACUCUCUAAAAUAUCGGGCUGCAAUCCAUCUUCUCAUACAUCCGGAAGAAACGGGUGACAGAGAAUGAGAGAAGUGCAGCUGCUGCUCAUCACAGCAGCUUCUUCCUCAUUUCUCCUCCCUUCUCACCACCCAUCUCUCAACCGCACCAAGACCUCGGCCAGUGAAAGGCCAUGGCCUUUCCUCCUCCACAACGCCCGCUCCCUUCUCAUGCCAGGCCACGGCACUCGCCUCAAAUACUACGCCACGGAGAGCAGCAUGGUUGCAGAGAGCCUGCUGGCCUCCACCAGCUCCCCUGUUGAUGUCAAGCUAAUGUCAGCGGGGAUCUCGGGCUCCCUCCGUGAAGGGAAGAUCCGGGCAAUUGUUGAGAUUUUGGGCAGGGUUGAGAAGCUUGGGAUUUGCCCUUUGUCUCUGUUUGAUGGGUCAGCAAGGGAGUUGCUUCGGUUGGAAUGCUGCCGGCUGGUGGACGGUGGCAGGCUAGAUGAAUUCGUUGAGUUAGUGGAAAUCCUUGCAGGUUAUGGGUUUUCUAUUAAAGACCUAGUGGAGCCAAUUGCCAUUAUAAGAAUGUGUGUUGAGAGACGUGAUCCACAUAUGGCUGUAAGGUACACGAGUAUUCUUCCACACUCGCACAUUUUGUUCAGUUCCAUCAUACAUGAAUUUGGAAAGAAGAAAGAUUUGGAAUCCGCAUUGAUUGUGUUUAACGAAUCCAAGGAGAAGUUAGAUGCUCCUAAUAUGUACGUUUGCCGCAGUAUGAUAGAUAUUUGUGGUCUCUGUGGUGACUCCUUAAGAUCUAGGUGCAUUUUUGAGGAGUUGCUUGCUCAGAAUGUCACUCCAAAUACUUACAUUUUCAACAGUCUCAUGAAUGUCAAUGCCCAUGAUUUGCACUACACUUUGCAUGUCUACAAGCGUAUGCAAGCCAUAGGUGUUACUGCUGAUGUCGCUUCUUAUAAUAUACUUUUAAAGGCAUGCCGUCUUGCUGGAAGAGUUGAUUUGGCUCAAGACAUAUAUAAGGAAGUAAUGCAAAUGGAAUCAACAGGGGCCCUAAAGUUGGAUAUUAUCACGUACAGCACGAUUAUAAAGGUCUUUGCAGAUGCCAAAAUGUGGCAAAUGGCAUUGAAAAUAAAAGAAGAAAUGCUUUAUGCUGGCGUCAAUCCUAACAUAGUUACGUGGUCAUCAUUGGUCAGUGCAUUUGCCAAUGCGGGUUUAGUGGAGAAGGCCGUUCAGGUCUUUGAAGAGAUGCUUCAUGCUGGUUGUGAACCUAAUUCUCAAUGUUGCAACAUCCUUCUCUCUGCUUGUGUUGAGUCCUGCCAAUAUGACAGGGCUUUUCGUUUUUUCCGUUCCUGGAUGACAAGUGGGUUCCAGAAGGCUCAUACUAAAGUGCGCAAUAGGAAUGCAUUUUCACAUAUCGGUAUGGGUGUGGAGCAUGCAAGUAAAAAUGGAGUAACUCAGAUGUCUUGUAACGUCGAUCAACAUCAUUCAUGCUUCACUAACGUGGUUGGCUUUAAACCCACAAUUGCAACAUAUAACAUUUUGAUGAAGGCUUGUGGUACUGAUUACUACCAUGCAAAAGCUCUGAUGGAUGAAAUGAGGACAGUGGGGCUCUAUCCUAAUCACAUAAGCUGGUCUAUUUUAAUUGAUAUUUGUGGAGGCUCGCACAAUAUGAGAGGUGCUAUGCAGGCCUUCAAAGCUAUGCGUGAUGCAGGAAUUAGCCCUGAUGUUGUUGCAUACACAACAGCUAUAAAGGAUCAGGUAUCGGGGAAGAUAGUCACGAAGGGGCCUAAAGUUGGCCGAUUGUUUCCUCUACAUUUUUCCAUUCCUUCUUGCAUUUCUUUGGCUUGUACUACUGUGAACAAUAAGGGUGAAGCUUGUGUCCAAAAUAAAAAUUUGAAGAUAGCAUUUUCAUUAUUUGAAGAGAUGAAAAGAUAUCAACUGAAGCCAAAUUUGGUGACAUAUAAUACACUGCUAAGAGCUCGUAGCAGAUAUGGAUCCUUAUACGAAGUUCAGCAAUGUUUGGCCAUAUAUCAGGAUAUGCGGAGAGCAGGGUACAGUUCCAAUGAUUAUUUUCUCAAGGAGCUACUUGAGGAAUGGUGUGAAGGAGUAAUAAAGGAUAGUGGGAAAGGCUUACUAGGCCUUGGCAAGUCUUCCAAUAAAACUAAUGCAUACAGAUCUCAAAGUCUGCUUCUUGAAAAAGUCGCAGUUCUCUUGCAAAAGGAUAUCGCGAAGGGUCUGCUGAUUGAUCUUCAAGGUCUAACUAAGGUCGAAGCUCGAAUUGUCAUUCUUGCAGUCCUACGAAUGAUCAAAGAGAGCUACAUUAAAGGACUCCCAAUCAAGGAUGAUAUGAUUAUCAUCACAGGAGUUGAGAUAGAAGUGCUGGGUUCUGCAAACAAUGAGCCCCAGAUUCGGGCUGCAGUAAUCAAAGUGUUGCGCAAUGAAUUGGGCCUUGAUGUUUUGGCUGGAUCUGGAAAUGAGCUUGUUAGAAAUGAUCCAACUUCCCCUCCUAACUCCAGUCUAGUCCAUGGAAUUCUUAGAAAGCAUGGUUAUUCCAGUGACUUAAAAUUUUCCACUAGAAGGCCACCUGAUUUGGGAAGAUUAAUGGUCCCAAGGAAGUCUUUGCGUAAUUGGCUACAGAAAAGGAUAUGUGCUAGAAGAUAAGUACUAAGUUCAGUUCCUUCUUCAAUUCUAAUUGUUGGCAUGAAUUGCCAUGCUUAUUUACAGUUUUCUUGUAAAAAGUUUCAAUCUAUA